AUGACGGAUUAUCAGCACCAAAUACAGCUUCUAAUGGGAACACCCUCGGCUCUACAAAAACUCGCCAAGCUACUGGACAAGGGAGACUUAGAAUCUCAAAAGGUAGUUGAGACCUUAGUUAAUCAGGUCAUUCAUCGCAUUAAAGAAGUCAACCAAAAGGAUGCACUGAUGAGAUUUAAUGGAAGAAAUAGAGCAUCUAGGUCUAUACUGCCAUUCGUUGGAAGCGUGUAUUCUUCAGUGUUUGGUCUAAUGGAUGAAGAACACGCAGAUGAAUUGGUGGCGACAAUAAAAAGGACCCAUAAAAAUGAAGAAUACUUGCUUAAGCUAUACCAGAAUCAAUCCUCCAUUGAAGACAUAACAUUCCAAACCCAAAUAGCAACAAUUACGGCAAAUUUAAAUGAUGGCUUACAAUUGCCAGAUACCGACCCGUUUGAGCUAUCAAAAAUAUCACGGGUCACAGCCACUAUAAACCAAGGCUUCUGUUUAGUGCGAAUUCAAAUACCACUUAUACAAAGCCAACAGCUACAGUUAUUUGCAUUGACCAGUUAUCCGAUUCUGCACGACGGCUACUUCGUGAGCUUUAAACUCGCAUAUGAAUAUCUGGUAGUAAAUAAGGAGAAAUCAAUGUAUAGUAGCCUGGCAGAAACUAAAUAUUCGUAUUGCCAGAAAAUGAGAAGAAUCACGCUGUGUCCCCAAAUUGGACCACUCUACAAUGUAAGAAAGGACCAGUCGUGCGAACUAGAGCUAUUCUUUAAUUCGAAGCAAUUACCAUUAUCAUGUGUGGUGAAUAUAAUGCCUCUGCAAGAAGUUUGGUUGCAGCUUAAAUCCUCAAAUAGCUGGCUGUACUCCGUCCCUGAAGACACAAAGGCAGAAGUCAGUUGCGGCAGCUCUUAUACGGCACAUAUUUUAGUUGAGCAAGGCAUUGUAAAACUGCAACCUGGCUGCCACUUAACAACCGCGAUAGUAAGCGUUUGGGCACACAAGGCACCAACCACUGUUAUUCAGUACAAUAUGCCCCCAAUUAAUAUGAGCAGGAGUUUACCGCUCAUGAAGCACAUUACUAUACAAGGGACUAUGUUGACAUACUCGAUUCCGGACAUUCCGCGGCCACCAGCCAUUGUUGAUUUCUCAGAAGACAUCGAUUUCCACCACCUCAUGCACUACAGCUCGAAUAUAUCAACUUGGAUCAUUAUCGCAGGAGUCAUCAUGGGAAUGAUCGUCAUCUUUCGGAAGCUAUGUGGUCUCUCAACACGAUAUCUUCCCGCUGCUCUGGCCCUUAGAUAA